GGCGCAGGCGCAGUGUCCCCGGGCCAAGAUGGCGGCGCGGUGCUCCACACGCUGUUUGCUGGUGGCUGUGGGGACCCCCCGGCUGCCGGCUGCAGCGGGGAGAGGGGCCCGGCCGCUCGGGGGGCGCGUGGUGGGGGCGUCGCUGGGCCGCCCGCUGAGCGUCAGCGCCUUCGCGCCUUCCCUGAGAGCCCGCGGCGCCGGGGCGCUGCUGACAUUGAGAGCCGGUGUCAGCCUCGCAGGAGUGAAACGUUAUCCUUUUGUUUGCACUGCCUCCUUCCACACGAGUGCCCCGUUGGCCAAAGAGGAUUAUUACCAGAUUUUAGGAGUGCCCCGAAAUGCCAGCCAGAAGGACAUCAAGAAAGCCUAUUACCAGCUCGCCAAGAAAUACCACCCAGACACGAACAAGGAUGACCCCAAGGCCAAGGAGAAGUUCUCCCAGCUGGCCGAGGCCUAUGAGGUGUUGAGCGAUGAAGUGAAGAGGAAGCAGUAUGACGCCUACGGCUCUGCUGGCUUCGACCCUGGGGCCAGCAGCUCAGGGCAGAGCUACUGGAGAGGGGGUCCCACUGUGGACCCCGAGGAACUCUUCAGGAAGAUCUUCGGAGAGUUCUCCUCGUCACCUUUUGGAGAUUUCCAGAAUGUGUUCACUCAGCCUCAAGAGUACAUUAUGGAGCUGACGUUCAGUCAGGCUGCCAAGGGCGUCAACAAGGAGUUCACGGUCAACAUCACCGACACCUGUGAGCGGUGUGACGGCAAAGGCAACGAGCCGGGUACCAAGCUGCAGCACUGCCACUACUGUGGGGGCUCCGGCAUGGAAACCAUCAACACGGGCCCCUUCGUGAUGCGCUCCACGUGCCGGCGGUGUGGCGGCCGGGGCUCCAUCAUCACCACGCCCUGUGUGGUGUGCAGGGGCUCUGGGCAGGCGAAGCAGAAGAAGAAAGUGAUGAUCCCCGUGCCUGCCGGAGUGGAGGAUGGCCAGACGGUGAGGAUGCCAGUGGGGAAGAGAGAGAUCUUCAUCACGUUCAGGGUGCAGAAAAGCCCCGUGUUCCGGAGAGAUGGCGCGGACAUCCACUCCGACCUCUUUAUCUCUAUAGCCCAGGCUAUCCUCGGGGGGACGGCCAGAGCCCAGGGCCUGUAUGAGACCAUUAACGUGACGAUCCCCCCGGGGACGCAGUCCGACCAGAAGAUCCGGAUGGGGGGCAAAGGCAUCCCGCGCAUCAACAGCUACGGUUAUGGCGAUCACUACAUCCAUAUCAAAAUCCGAGUCCCAAAGAGACUGACCAGCCGGCAGCAGAGCCUGAUCCUGAGCUACGCCGAGGAUGAGACGGACGUGGAGGGCACAGUGAACGGAGUCACCAACACAAGCACAGGUGGCAGCACCAUGGAUAGCUCCGCAGGAGGCAAGGCUAGGCCCGAGGCUGGGGAGGACAAGGGCUUCCUUUCCAAACUUAAGAAAAUGUUUACCUCCUGAUAUCCCAGCCGAGGAAAACGGUCCACUGGAAACUAGGCCCGGAGCUGCGGCCCCUCCCGUACCGGAGCGAGAUGGAGGAUUCCAGAACGCAGCGCCGAGCCUGCCACGGACCCUCCUCCUCGUCAGCAGCAGUCACGGGACAGCAAAACACCUCUCGAAUGCUCUUGUGGUGUGGCCUCCAGGGCUGGUCAGUGUCUCUUUGCCACGGUAGGUAGCUCGGCCUCUGCUGGCUCCUGAGGAAACGGACAGUGGACUUCACAGGGCGGAGCCAAGACGAGUUUGGAAUUGGAUUUGGGGAGAUUGUAGCUAAAGAAUUAAAGACGGGGCGCCGUGUAGCCAGGAAGCGGAAGCUGCACGGAGUUAGGAAGUGACUGAUUUCCUGCUCAGCAAACAUCGGUCCAGGAGGUCCCUGGCAACUGGACUUGGGGAAGCCUGUGGCCUGUACAGCCGCCAUCCAGCACCGCCACCUCUCGGCAGGGCCUCUCCGGCUCUGCUUGGAGCUUUCAGUUUCAAAGGCGUGAGCGGCUGGAGCGCAGGCUUCUGGGGAGUGCCCCCUGCCGCUGCUCCCCACAGUCCUUCCACCCCUGUCCGGGGGCCUCUCAAGGUCCAGUCUGUUCUGCACCAAGGCCGAGUGGGCACCGCAGCCUCCCUGCCCCCAGGCCUGUGCCCAGCUCGGCUCUCACCACUUACACCAUGACACUGUUCUCAGAAGUGUUUGAACAGCCCCAGCCAGAAUCUCACUGUCCCGGCCAGCUGCAGGAAGCGCUUAGCCCAGGCCCUCCAGUGGCCUCUGUGCUCAGACAGGAUGGAGGGAGAGAAGGUUCCCGUUUUCCCUCAGAAUAUAGUAAAAUAAAGCAUCUCUUAGCGUCUGAUUUAAGUAUGUAAAAUGAUUCUGUAUCAAUGUAAAUAAGAUUAUCUACCACAAAAAGAUAUUUAAAACCAAAA